CUUCUUCUCCCUAGAAUAGUUUUGCAAGACUCCAUUAAUGGAGCUCAAAUUGUACUAUGUAAUGGUGAGGAGAGAUUAAUGAGAAUGAGAGGGCUUGGACAUUAGCCUAAAAAGUCCCGUGGUUUUCUCCAUUUCGGGUUUCCACGAAAAAAUGGUUUGUUCAUACACAUUUAUACAUAUAUUUACUAUAUCGUGUUAGAUUAAACUCAACACUGGCGCCGUCUGUGGGAAACUGUCCAAAAAGAUUCAUGUAUUCUACUGUUCUUGAGUUUCUACGGGAAAAAUUCAUACGAAAAGCUACUGUUUUCAGCAAAAGAAUAAGGAAAAAAUACGAUUCUGGAAAGAAAGAAGGAAGCGGAAGAAGUGGAGAAGCUAUGAAAUCUGGGAGGUCCAAAUCUGGAUUUUUUCCAGAUCUGCCCUUGAGGUCGCCGGAGCCGCCGUCACCGCCCUCGCCGGCAUGGAACCUCCUACGAGUGCUGCGACACCGGAGGAAGCUCGCUGCAACAUCCCAGCUGUGUCUGACGGCCUCCUCCGAGCCACUCACCACCGUUCAUCCUCAGCAGCCAGCUGUUUGUCGCUCAUCCACCUCGUUGCUGACGCGACCUGGAAGAAUCUCCGCCAUUAAUGGCGAUUUGAAGCUCAGGGGAGAUACGUUGUGAAGCUCCGUCGGCCCCAACCAAGGCCGGCCGCCGUCGCUGCCCUAACGCCGCGGCAACCGCCCUUACCGCCGUCGGCAGGUGGCCAGUUCAUGCCGUUCGGCCUCGGGUCAGCGGACGCGUUACAGCUAUCUUCCCAAAGAUAUGGAGUGUUACGCAGGUCAGUUUCACUUGGUCCUAAGCAGACCACGUCUGCAAGAUUAGGCCAAAAGGUGGGCAAUCAAUUUCCUUGGAGGAAUUUUGACCCAAGUCAAAAUCGUUGAAUGCUAGAUGGACGCACGGCUCUUAGAAUAAAGCAACCAGCCGGAUCCUUCCUUCUCCAAAUGGAGUCUUUGGUGGCCUUUUUUCAACGAGCUAUGAAGUCCAUCCCAUCAGGAGCUAAGUGUCACUUAAAUCCUCAUCAUUUAUUAAUUAGAGUACUAAUUAGGAUAAUGAUAUUGUUUUGUUGGAACUUUUAUCACCAUUAUUCAUUAGGGACUAAAAUAUCCCGAAAUUAAAUAGUGCUGAGCGACGCUCUUGUGAUAAUUAGUUUUUUACCGUCAUUUUAACUAAUGAUUGGUUGUUAUGGGCCCGUCAGCCCGCUCCUGAUCGGCUUUAAUUAGCAAGCGGAGCAUACCUGAAUGACCUAUGGUAGGAUAAUACUAUUAUUAAUACCCGUACAUCACUAUUAUUUAUUAGGGAUAAAAGUGUCCCGAAUUAAAUAAUGUGGAGCGAAGCUCUAGUAAUGGUUGGUUCAGCCAACAUUUUAUUGAAUAUUUAAUUUUUUGCGGGCCUGUUGGCCCACUCUCGAUCAGCUCGAUUAAGCGAUCCGAGUGUCUUCAGUAGGGCGACACCCCGACGACGACGCAUUAGUCCGCACGGCACUACGUGCCCGAUCGACGAUCGUACCCCAGUAUCAUUUACGCCAUUAGGCGCGAAAUGACUAUUGCCAAACGUGGCCUGUGGGGCCCGAAGGCACCAAAGCACCCAACCUCCUUUUUCUGAGGGCAGUGCGACCAACUUGGGUCUGAGUUUGAAAACUCACGGACCGAUGAAAAUCUCUAUGUGACGUUCCGCGGGCUGCCAAUCGGCCCCGCCGCGAGCUGCUACGUCCAUUAACACCGCACGAUGAGCUGGGCCGAGGGUCACGAUAACCCAUAGGCCGGUAAUCGUGGGUGUUAGAAAGAAAGCCAUGCAGAUGGUUAUGUGUGUAUACAUAAUGUCGGGCCGUGUGGCCCGUUACCAUGCUUAUUGCGCAGCUGAAGCCGCUCGACGUGAUCGAGCGAAAUGAUUAAAAGACGCUCGGCUUAAGUAUCAAAGGCGUUCAGGGCCAGCUAAAGUGGAGACCAUCACGGCUGAGAGCCGAUGGACGAGCAUCUCCACCCAGAGGUCGAGGGCCUAGAGGAGACCACCACGGUUGAGAACCGUGGGAUGAGCAUCUCCACCCCAGAGACCAAUGGCCUAGGAAGAACACCUAGAGGCCGAGGGUCUAGAGGCGAAUGCCAUGACAGAGAACCGUGAGACGAUCACCCGUCAUUCAGAGGCCGAGGGCCUAGAAGAGAUCGUCAGGGGCGAGGGCCGUCUGACGCCAUCAUUACAUCAUGACCGGCCUCUCGGCACGGCGUGUUUAUCUUUUGAAGACCGGCCUCGCCCCCGCGCUGCGCGGAUGAGGACCGUUGCUUGAUCUUGGUCGGCCUCUCAUUGCUGGCAUCAUUACAUCACGACCGGCCUCUCAGACCGGCGUGAUUAUCAUAUUCGAAGACCGGCCUCGUCCCCGCCACCUCGCGGACAAGGGCCGUUGCUUGACCAUAUCUUGAUCGGCAUCUCAUGGCCGACAUUAUCAUACCACGACCGGCCCCUCGGCUCGGCGUGUUCAUCUUUUGAAGACCGGCCUCGUCCCCACACCUCGCGGACGAGGACCGUUGCUUGGUUCUUUCAGGUCAGCCUAUCAUUGCCGACACCAUUAUAUCACGACCGGCCUCCCGGCUCGGCGUGCUUUCCAUAUUUGAAGACCGGCCUCAUCCCCGCUCCUCGCGGAUGAGGGCCGUUGCUUGAUUCUUUCAGGUCGGCCCCUCAUUGCCGACACUAUCACAUCAUGUUCGGCCUCUCGGCACGACAUACUUAACUUUUGAAGACCGGUUCCAUCCCCGCGAUGCGUUGGAUGAGAGCCGUUGCACAGAUAUAUCGGCCUGACCGGACACUAUUGUCAUCUCCUCGUCAGGACCGACUGCUCAGCGACGUUAUGAUCAUUGUUUGUCGGCUCCCAAUGCCGACCCUCUUGAGUUUGCGAUCGGGCUCACGACUCCCCUCCAGGAGGGUGACCAUCGCCUCCGCAUGACGACCAGCUAUUCUAUCGCCUCGUCAUUAUAUUCGUUCGCUAUGCCACCACCAUUAUGUGUGACAUCCCAUGAUCCCUGCGAGUUUCUUGGAUACCGAAUGUCUUUUUCGAUGUAGGAAGAUCGGUAGGACCACGGACCAGGGACGGACAAAGAAGAGCUAGGGAAUCUCGAUGUAGAUAAACCUGUUCCUCCUUGCGAGUUUCGCGGAUACCGCACGUCUCUUCGAAGCAAGAGUGUCGGUAGGACCAAGAACCAAGGACGAACGAAGAAUAUAGAUUUCCUCCCUCAAACAAAAAAAAAAGAUGGGGAGAAGAGGAGGGUAGCUCCUAUGUGGAAGGGAAUCUUGCCCGGGCGUGCCAGAUCUUCUCCCACCGCCGAAGACGAACGCCUCUCGAUGUAGAGGUUAGUAGAGACGCGGAGGGGGCUAGACGAACCAAGGGAGCUUUGCCAAGAUAAACCUGUUUAUCCCACAAUGACCAUGGAUCGAUGGACGUGAGAUAACAAAGUCGGGAACCCGUGAGGGUAAACCAGUUCGUCCCUGCGAGUUCCUUGGGUACCGAACGUCUUCUUCGAAGCAAGAGACGCCGGUAAGACUAAAAGGACCACGGACGAACAAAAAAAGGGGGAAUCUCGAUGUAGAUAAACUUGUUCCUCCUUGCGAGUUUCGAGGAUACCGGACGUCUCUUCGAAGUAAGGACGCUGGUAGGACCAAGAACCAAGGACGAACGAAGACUAAAAGACUCCAAAAAAAAAGAGAGAGAGAUGCCAGAAGAGCACGGAGCAAAGAAUGAUUUUAUCCCUUGGCGCUAUUGGCCGGGAAGUACAAACCGAAAAACAUAUGUAAAGAAUAAUUACAAAACUUAAGUACGAAGAAUGAAGUGGCCGACGACGAUCGGCUAACACCAGACUUUCUUUUGCCUUGGACGACGAAUACCAGCUCCCCAUAUCAGACAGAGGGACGACGCACAGGUCCACCCUUCCUCCCAGGAUGAAGUCCUGACAGACGAUCGGCUUCUCAUAGCCAGCCAAGACGGACCGCGCCUAGAUUUCACGGUUCGGCUCGCCCAUUCCCUCCAGGAUGGCGACGACCGUCUUAUGCAGUACGAUCGGCCCCUCAGCGCCAUCGUACCCAGCUCCAUGGAUCAGACACGAAGAACCAGUUCUCCACCGGAGUCUGUUGCGUGCCGAGUGUACACCGCUUAGCGGUCCGUACAUAGGACCACAGAUACGGUAGACGAACGACGAUCAGCUCCUCAGAUCAGAUAGGAGGGACAUCGCCCAGCUUUAUUUCAGGCUCACCAUUCCUUCCCGGAUGGAGUCCUGGCAGACGAUCGGCUUCUCACAGCCAAUCAGGAUAGAGACUUCACAUCACCAGCACGGCCGAGGGCCGUGAGACGAUUACCACUCACCGACAGGACGAGGGCCAUGAGAUGAUCAUCACUAUUUUUCUAUAUCACGAUCGGCCCCUCAGCGCCAUCGUGUCCAGACUCACGGUUCGGCUCGCCCUUUUUUCUUCCAGGAUGGCGACGACCGUCUUAUGCAGUACGAUCGGCCCCUCAGCGCCAUCGUGCCCAGCUCACGUUUAGCUCGUCCAUCCCUUCCAGGGUGGCGACGAACGUCUUAUGCAUCACGAUCGGCCCCUCAGCGCCAUCGUGUCCAGAUUCACGGUUUGGCUCGUCCAUUCCCUACAGGAUGGCGACGACCGUCUUAUGCAGUACGAUCGGCCCCUCAGCGCCAUCGCGCCCAGCUCACGUUUAGCUCGUCCAUCCCUUCCAGGGUGGCGACGAACGUCUUAUGCAUCACGAUCGGCCCCUCAGCGCCAUCGUGUCCAGAUUCACGGUUCGGCUCGCCCAUCCCUUCCAGGAUGGCGACGAACGUCUCUUAUGCAGCACGAUCAGCGCCCCAGUGCCAUCGUGUCUGGCUCACGUUAGGGUCGCCCAUCCCUUCCAGGAUGGCGACGAACGUCUCUUAUGCAGCACGAUCAGCGCCCCCAGCGCCAUCGUGUCUGGCUCAUGUUAGGGUCGCCCAUCCCUUCCAGGAUGGCGACGAACGUCUCUUAUGCAGCACGAUCAGCGCCCCAGCGCCAUCGUGUCUGGCUCACGUUAGGGUCGCCCAUCCCUUCCAGGAUGGCGACGAACGUCUCUUAUGCAGCACGAUCAGCGCCCCAGCGCCAUCGUGUCUGGCUCACGUUAGGGUCGCCCAUCCCUUCCAGGAUGGCGACGAACGUCUCUUAUGCAGCACGAUCAGCGCCCCAGCGCCAUCAUGACUGGCUCACGUUAGGGUCGCCCAUCCCUUCCAGGAUGGCGACGAACGUCUCUUAUGCAGCACGAUCAGCACCCCAGCGCCAUCGUGUCUGGCUCACGUUAGGGUCGCCCAUCCCUUCCAGGAUGGUGACGAACGUCUCUUAUGCAGCACGAUCAGCGCCCCAGCGCCAUCGUGUCUGGCUCCCGUUAGGGUCGCCCAUCCCUUCCAGGAUGGCGACGAACGUCUCUUAUGCAGCAAGAUCAGCGCCCCAGCGCCAUCGUGUCUGGCUCACGUUAGGGUCGCCCAUCCCUUCCAGGAUGGCGACGAACGUCUCUUAUGCAGCACGAUCAGCGCCCCAGCGCCAUCGUGUCUGGCUCACGUUGGGGUUGCCAAUCCCUUCCAGGAUGGCGACGAACGUCUCUUAUGCAGCACGAUCAGCGCCCCAGCGCCAUCGUGUCUGGCUCACGUUAGGGUCGCCCAUCCCUUCCAGGAUGGCGGCGAACGUCUCUUAUGCAGCAUAAUUGGCCCCUCGGCGGCAUCAUGUCUAGUCCAUCUUCGGCUCCGCCCAUGCCAUCCCGGAUGGGGGACCCGUCUUGUGCAGCACGUCUGCCUCUCGGCGCUGACAUGCUCGAGUUCUCGUUGAGAUCUACCGCUCCUAUCACAUCUUGCAUUCCCUCUCUCAUACAUUGCACCCAUACAUUACAUGCAUUCAUGCAUCAUACCUCAUACAUUCAUACAUACACACGUGCAUCAUGUUUUGACAGUACCGCGACGUCGGUUUAUAGAUGCAUGGACCUCUAAGCUUCUCCGUUGGAAAGCUUGAGUCAGAGUCUUUUACUCUCGCCUGAUGCAUUCAAGGGGAGAGUGCCCGUGGAGGAGCACCCUUCGCCCGACCCCGUCGGGAACGGGGGUGCCUCACCGGCAGAUUACGUUCAGGAGUGUGGACAUCCACUCAUAUAUUAUGAUUAUUCAAGGACACAGGUUCCAGCUAGACCGAGGUAAAGCCCAGGCAAGAGUAUAUUUUCUCGAGCAGAUUCGCACGCUCACUACUCAAGAAACUGGGGGACUUGUGUUGGGAUAUAUUAUCCCGGCCUAUUACUGUUCAGGAGCCCAAGACUUUACGUCGUACGGAGCCCAAUCAGUAAGGCCCAUUUUAGCCUAUCAGGCCUGUUUCGGCCUUUGGGCCCAUUUUGGCCCAUUCGGCCCGUUAGGGUGGAGGGCCUCCUUUCCCCCUAUUCCCUAUAAAUAGGAGGUUUCCCUCCAUGUAAAAGGAUCCCUUCCUUCUUUCUUCUUCUCCCUAGAAUAGUUUUGCAAAACUCCAUUAAUGGAGCUCAAAUUGUACUAUGUAAUGGUGAGGAGAGAUUAAUGAGAAUGAGAGGGCUUGGACAUUAGCCUAAAAAGUCCCGUGGUUUUCUCCCUUUCGGGUUUCCACGAAAAAAUAGUUUGUUCAUACACAUUUAUACAUAUAUUUACUAUAUCGUGUUGGAUUAAACUCAACAAAGAGUUAUUCUUUUCCCUGUGGAUACGAACUCUACUACGCUAUACUACCUAUUAGUGCUAGUAUUGAAUUUAUUUUGAGUGCACUCACGACAAAGUGCACGUCAAUGUCUCUCUUACAUCUAACUUAAUUCUCAAUGUAUUUAUAACUCUCUUCUGUUUCUGGAUCACUGGAUGUCAUUUAACAUUUUAUUGAUAUAUUUUUACUAUUAGUUCAACUAUAUAGAAAGCUUGGUCCCAAUUUAAGUAAAAACAUUUCUUUUUAGAAUGGAUUUCAAACCAAUAUAUUUUAAAAAGGGAUAAGGGUCAGAUAGAGCCUCGAACUUGAAAAAAAAUGUCAAAUAAGGCCAUAUUUAGGAUGCUCUGUCCGGCCGACGCCAUUUGGGUCAGUUCCCGGUGGAAUUUUUGAUGAUUUUUUUUUAGAAUCUUAUUCAUUAAGUC